AUUUUCGUUUUGAACUCUAAUUUUAGAAAACAUCGGUGACUUUGUUUUGUUGUAAUUUUGAUCAUGGCCAAGUUAUCAUGUUCUUAUUUCCUUGUACUCAUGCUUGUGUGCUCAGCUUUUUUAAUGGUUGAAUGUGAUGAGGGGAAGCGAUGUCAUACGACGAUUGACCAGGCAAAUUUUUGUGAUCUUGUCGAUUGUCGUUUAAGCUGCUUUUCUGGAUACAAUGGAGUUGGAAAAUGUUUUGACGAUCCUAAAGUUCCUGGAAGCUCUAAUUGUGGUUGUCUAUAUAAUUGUUAGAGUGAUUAUUUUAAAAUGGGGGUUAUAUUAAAAUUAAGUUUACCACUUCCUUUAUCGAUAUGAAUACAAGAGAUUAAUAAUUUAACUCUAGAAAAUUCUCGAGAUUUCAAUCAUUUUGUUUAUUUAUUUUAUUUUUCUGGUUAACAAUCUCUUUUACAUACUCCACUAGAUUGCCUAUCAAUUUAUUGUCAAGGUAAAAUUCUUAGCAUGUUCUCGAGAUGAUAAUUUGUCUAGUCCACUUCGAACCGAAACAUUCUUUAAGAUCAGCAAAGAUUAACCAAUUUAAAUCAACGUAAUCUCUAAAGACAUUAUCUGAUUGCCCUUGUUAAAACGGUCAAGCAAAUUGGAGACGGCAAAGAGAGUUUCAGUCCUCAACAUCUAUGACACGCCCCUCACGAAUAUCGUGUACUAUAUACUACGUACAAGGCUCAUGGUUACGGAAAUUAUUGGUUUAGCUUUUGAUGCGUUUUAAAUCAAAAUCUUGGAUAGUGUUUAGACUUACUUCAGUGAUUCUUAUCAAAUAAAAAAGUUUCAAGACUAUGACUGAUGCGGUCUCGGGCCUCCCCGUUUUGUUAGCACUGAUUUUUGAAAUCGUUAGUCUUAAAUUUAGCAUAAUUACCAAAUAUAUUCAGAUUCGGUUCUUGGUUUACUGUUUUCUGGUUCAACUAUAACUCCUUCAUGUCUUCGAAAUUCCGAUGGUCGAAAUCAUUUCUUUCAAGAAAAUAAAAAAAAAAGAUAUCAACCUUUGGG